CGAGUUUUUGCUUACGCUCUCAAAACAACAUCAUUGAAAUUUAAGAAAAAUGGCAAAAUUUGAUUUAACUACGCGAAAUUUGCAGUUUUUGGAUCGUCAUUUGACUUUUCCAUUAUUAGAAUUCUUAUUGAGCAAGGAUAUUUAUGAUAAAAAUGAACUACUCAAUUUUAUAUUGGAAACAGUUAAUAAGACUAAUAUGAUUGAUUACACUACUGACAUCAGGCAGCGUUUAAGUCUAUCGGAAAAGUUGCCGGAAGAACUUCAAUUGAAACGACAAACUGUUUUGGCAAAAUUGAAGGAAUUGCAGCUCGAAGUCGAACCUUUGAUGAAAUGUAUGGAAGAAAUCAAGACAAGAGACACCAUGAAGGAUAGUAAAACGCUGAUCAAUGUACUUCAGUCCGAAUAUAAUAUAAAAAUCGAUAUCAUCCAGAGUGUUUAUAAAUUGGCCAAGUAUCUCUAUGAGUGCGGUAAUUACACGGAAACAACAUCAUAUUUGUACAUUUGCUUGAUGAUUAUGCAGCCAAGUGAUAAGAAUUAUUUGAAUGUUCUUUGGGGAAAGCUUGCAUCAGAAAUUUUGACAUUGAACUGGCAGACAGCUCUUGAAGAUUUAAACCGCCUGAGAGAAUUCAUCGAUAAUCAUAAUUUUACAAACAUUCAAGUCCUUCAACAACGCACUUGGCUUAUUCACUGGAGUGUUCUUGUAUUUUUCAAUCAUCCAAAAGGACGGGAUUUGAUCAUUGAAAUGUUCUUGUAUAAACCUUUAUAUUUGAACGCAAUCCAAACAAUGUGUCCACAUAUUCUUCGCUAUCUUGCUGUUGCCGUUGUCAUCAAUCGAGGCAGAAGAAAUGCUUUGAAGGAUUUAAUUAAAGUCAUUCAACAAGAAUCUUACACAUACAAAGAUCCAAUUACAGAAUUUCUUGAGCAUUUGUAUGUCAAUUUUGAUUUUGAAGGAGCACGUAUGAAAUUACACGAGUGUCAAACAGUCAUUCUCAAUGAUUUCUUCAUUAUUGGAUGCUUGGAUGAGUUCAUUGAAAAUGCUCGUCUCAUGAUUUUCGAAACUUUCUGUCGAAUUCAUCAAUGCAUUACAAGCCAAAUGCUUGCUGACAAGUUGAAUAUGGAACCAGAAGAAGCAGAAUGUUGGAUUGUCAAUCUCAUUCGUAAUGCUCGUCUUGAUGCAAAGAUUGAUUCAAAAUUGGGAUAUGUAGUUAUGGGUGGACAACCUUUAAGUCCCUAUCAGCAGUUUGUCGAAAAAAUUGACUCAUUAUCAGUGCGAUCUGAAGCACUUACUGAAUUAGUUGAGCGUAAAAUGCGCGUGAAAAAUCAAGAAGGAGAGAGCAACUGGAAAUAUUACUAGGAUUAUAAUUAAUACCUUAAUUUUUGAAGUAUAAACGCAAGAUAAUUCCUGUAAGUUUUAUAUAAAAUCGUAAAUUAUAAUCAUGUGGUUUAAAAAUAUUGAAAUAAAAGAACAAACAGUUGAGAGCAAGGUCAAGAAA